AUGACUGGCAGUCUUUUAGCCAAUGUAUAUACAUAUAUAUAUAUACAUUGGCUAAAAGACUGCAUAUAUGAGGUGAAAGCGUUGAAUGAUGAACUACGAGAUGUAAAUGAACAAGUAAAGAGUGAUCGAUCGUUAGCACCGGAUCUUCUUAAAAAAGAGACCCUCUUACUCGAACACAAGAAACUACUACUCGAACAUCGGAAUCAAUUAAUGACAAUCCUCGAGGAGCGUUUAGUAAGAGCUCAACGAGCUUUAAAAAGAAAAAGCCUUCCAGGUCCAUUGUGGGGCAGUGAUUGGGCGGAGGAUACACUUUUAUCGUACAAUAUUGAUUUUGCUUCCGUUGAUGAACUGAAACAUUUGUUGGUACAAAAAGUACCAGAUCUAUCAGAUUCAAACGCCAUGUGGUUAGCAAAAUUGAUCUAUUUAGCUACUGUUGGUUUUGGCAAAUAUGAAUCAGCUGUUGAUGACAUGGUGCUGUGCUUAUUAAAUUUAUCGGGAUUUAAUGAGAAAAAUCUUGUAUCACUCUCAUCGUUGUCAUCUGGUCUCAAUAACCCUGAUAUGUUAAAAGAUUGUUCAUCGUUAAAUAAAUUAUUGAUAGAACUGAAUACACAUGCGAAACUUGUGUUGACAAAUUUAAAUACGUUAAGAAAACAAAAAGAAUUAUGUGAUGUAUUACUGAUCAUUGGACAGUCAAAAAUUCCAGCACAUCGAGCCGUUUUAUCAGCUUGUAGUCCCUAUUUUAAAGCAAUGUUUACUAGUGAAUUAGUUGAAAGUCGUUUAACGGAAACUGUUAUUCAUGAUGUUGAUGAAAGUGCAAUGGAUUUACUCAUUGAAUUUUGUUAUUGUUCAACAAUUUUAGUUGAUGAAAAAAACGUCCAAACAUUAUUACCAGCAGCUAGUAUACUACCGAUUCAAGAAGUUCAAGAUACAUGUUGUGAAUUUUUAAAAGCUCAAUUAGAUCCAUCAAAUUAUCUAGGUAUACGAGCAUUUGCUGAUACAUAUUCAUGUAGAGAAUUAUUAAAAAUUGCUGAUAACAUAAUUUCAAUGAAUGAGGAAGACGUGUUUAAUGCCAUAAUGCAUUGGGUACAAUGUAAUACAGAACAGAGAAAACAAUAUUUAUCACAGAUAUUGGGCAAUUUUCAAAAAAAAUUUGACAAUUACGAUAAUGUACAAGACGAAGUGAGAAAUUUUCUUGAUAAAUUAAAUAUUUUUGACGACGUAGAACCACAAUCACAUCAAACUGAUGCAGAUUUAUUGGCAAUUGACGCAUUUUUGUACGGACUCAAUGCAAAGAAGCUAUUUUAUACGUUAGUAGGAAAUAUGGGUUUUUUAUUUUCCAAGAUCUGGGCUUUGUUCGGUAAUGAAGAACAUAAAAUUAUUAUUGUUGGAUUAGACAAUGCGGGAAAAACAACAAUUUUAUAUCAGUUUUUAAUGAAUGAAGUUGUUCAUACAUCACCAACAAUUGGUAGUAAUGUUGAAGAAGUGAUAUUCAAAAACAUUCAUUUCCUUAUGAUGGACAUUGGCGGACAAGAGUCGCUACGGUCACAUUGGUCAACGUACUAUUCUCACACUGAAUAUGUCAUAUUAGUUGUGGAUUCAACCGAUCGUGAAAGGUUACCAUUAUCAAAACAAGAACUAUUGCGAAUGUUACAAAGUGAAGAUUUACGGACAGCAAGUGUUCUCAUAUUUGCCAAUAAACAGGACAUCAAAGAUGCAAUGACAUCAGCUGAAAUAUCAAAACAACUAUCUUUAACAUCCAUCAAGGAUCAUGCAUGGCAUAUUCAAGCAUGUUGUGCUUUAACAGGUGAAGGCCUGUAUCAGGGUUUAGACUGGAUCGCAAGCAGGCUAAAGAAAUGA